UCCGAGUCACCGAGUCUUAAAACCGUGCUCACCCCAAUCUCAAACUCCCCACCCAAAUGAAGGCAUGUUCGUGAAGGGAUUGAAACUGCUUCCCCGCCUCUCAGUUUCCGCCCCACAAAGGAAUUGCGUGAGCAAGAUGAGCGGCGCUGUCCAACCCUUGUGUCCCAAAUUCAUCUCUUUGGAAGAUAGAGGAAGUAUUACUAAAACCGAUAAUUCCAACAGCUCCGCAUUCCGUGUUGUUUCAUACAACAUUUUAGCUCAGGUGUACGUGAAGAGCUCUCUGUUUCCACAUUCUCCAUCACCUUGCCUCAAGUGGAAAGCUCGGUCCCAAUCAAUCUUGACGGUUCUUAAUAGCCUUGAUGCUGAUUUCCUCUGCAUACAGGAGUUAGAUGAAUAUGAUACCUUUUAUAAGGGUAAAAUGGAGAGCCAAGGGUAUUCGAGUAUUUAUAUUCAGAGAAGUGGACAGAAACGUGAUGGCUGCGGCAUCUUUUACAAACCCAAUAGUGCAGAAUUGAUGUUGGAGGAGUUGAUACAAUACAAUGAUCUUGUAAAAUCUGUUGAAGAUGAAACAGAAUGUGGGAAUAAACCUAGUGACCCGGUAGAUAUAGAAAAUAGAAAGGCUACAUCUAUAGGCUUACCUCAAAAGGAUGAUUUGAAUGAUCGCGGAGAUCCUAAUGAUCCUCGUGUAAGAUUGAAACGCGACUGUGUGGGUAUAAUGGCUGCAUUCAAGCUUAAUGGUCCUCACCAUCUAGUAAUUGUGGCAAACACACACAUUUAUUGGGAUCCAGAAUGGGCUGAUGUCAAGCUUGCACAAGUUAAAUAUCUUCUACAACGCCUAUCUCAAUUUAAGGCAAUGGUUUCAAACAAAUUCAAUUGUACACCCUCAGUGAUUGUUGCUGGUGAUUUCAAUUCUACCCCUGAAGAUACGGUCUACCAGUACCUUGUAUCCAGAAGCUCUUCAACAAUCUCUCCUACAGACUCUGAUGAAGAAAGACCGAUGCCGUUGUGCAGCCUCCAUGCAUUUAUUGGAGGAGAGCCACCAUUCACAAACUGCACUCCUGAUUUCACUGGAACUCUUGAUUACAUAUUCUUUUCAGAUUCUGGCAGCCUGAAGCCAAUCAGUUUCCUUGAACUUCCAGGACCGGAAUCUCCUGAUGUUGUUGGUGGAUUGCCAAACUACGACCACCCAAGUGAUCAUUUGCCCAUUGGCGCCGACUUUGAAGUCAUCAGGCCAUGAACUCCCAUGGGUAAUCUCUAACCCAUUUACAUUUGUUGUAGCUGAUCUUGGUUAAAUUAAGAGUUUUAAAGUUUACAAAAAAGAAAAGAAAA